CGUGAGAUCCACUAUGGCGGAGAGGUAGGAGAGACGGUCACUCCACACCGGGGAAUUUAUCUAGUACCACCGAAUAACAGCUGCAGUAACGACACACCGAGCUCCAGCUUUCACACCGACAUCACUGAAGUUAAGCAGAGGACGCGUGUAACCCCGCCGUGCUCCCGUGUAGCGUAAAGAUGCCAAACAUUAAGAUUUUCAGCGGCAGCUCCCACCAGGAUCUCUCCCAGAGAAUCGCCGACCGCCUCGGACUCGAGCUCGGGAAAGUCGUCACCAAGAAGUUCAGCAACCAGGAGACAUGUGUGGAGAUCGGGGAGAGUGUACGUGGUGAGGACGUGUACAUCGUACAGAGUGGCUGUGGAGAGAUCAACGACAACCUCAUGGAGCUGCUGAUUAUGAUCAACGCAUGCAAGAUUGCUUCGGCCUCCAGAGUCUCCGCCGUCAUUCCUUGCUUCCCUUACGCUCGUCAAGAUAAAAAAGACAAGAGCCGAGCGCCCAUCUCUGCCAAGCUGGUGGCCAACAUGCUGUCGGUUGCAGGAGCCGAUCACAUCAUUACCAUGGAUCUUCACGCCUCUCAGAUACAGGGUUUCUUUGAUAUUCCUGUGGAUAAUCUGUAUGCCGAGCCGGCCGUGCUGAAGUGGAUUAAGGAGAACAUUCCUGAGUGGAAGAACUGCACCAUUGUCUCACCAGAUGCUGGAGGAGCCAAAAGGGUCACCUCCAUUGCAGACAGGCUGAAUGUGGACUUUGCCCUCAUUCAUAAAGAACGGAAAAAGGCUAAUGAGGUGGAUCGUAUGGUGUUGGUGGGAGACGUAAAAGACCGGGUGGCCAUCCUGGUCGAUGACAUGGCCGACACAUGUGGAACCGUCUGCCACGCAGCUGACAAACUGAUAUCUGCAGGUGCCACCAAGGUAUAUGCCAUCCUAACCCAUGGCAUCUUCUCUGGUCCUGCCAUUUCACGCAUCAACAAUGCCUGUUUUGAAGCAGUUGUUGUCACCAACACCAUUCCACAGGAGGAGAAAAUGAAGCACUGUCCCAAAAUUCAGGUUAUUGACAUUUCCAUGAUUCUGGCGGAGGCUAUCCGCAGGACCCACAACGGCGAGUCCGUCUCGUAUCUCUUCAGCCACGUCCCUUUGUAACAUCACGUCUCCCCCGUGCUCAUCACCUCGCUGCGUUACCAAAAACCGACGAAGCCUGACCCCAAAUUCAUAGCGAGUCACAAUCGGCUGAACUUAAUCCACCCCUGACGGGAUUUAACCUCCUGCUGCGUGGCAACACUGUGCCAGCCUGUCGGGCAUGCACAUCAUCUAGUUCAGGAUUUUAGCGGGACUUUCUCAGUUCUCUGGACAUUUAGCUCUCAGUAGACCUCACUUUCAUGACCAUGAGGCUAGACGCUCUGCGGUUCGAGUGACGGCCUGUUGCAGUUUAAUUUAUUUGGCAUUUAUUUGUAUCAGUAAUGAAAGCGAAAGGAAGGUAGGUGGUGUCAACACAGGCAGCAAGUUUGAACUGUGUGUCCUUAUUUGCGGAUUGUUUUACUAGAUGUCGGGGAUCAGGAGUAAUUUGGGGUCUCUGCAGGCUGGAGCUUCCUUCACAGUCUAAUUUCCAUUUUCAUUUCUAUUCUUCCUUUGUUUCUUUCCUUUUUUUACUUAGAAAUUUGAAUAUGUUCUGAAUUAGUUGUUUUGCUUUAGUAUUUGAUACUGAUUCUUUUAUAAACGUCAUUUUUCUCAUGUUUUCAUUUCAACUUGCUAAAUGUGUUCUUAUUAAAGAAUUGUGAUU